AUGGCCUUGGAAGUCUUGUUCUUCGGCGCCGGCGCCAUCGGUGCCUUCUACGGCUCUCGACUGGCUCUGGUACCCAACACCAACGUGUCGGUUAUCUGUCGAUCGAAUUACGCUGCCGUCAAGGCCAACGGCUUCAAAGUCACAUCUCCGCAGUAUGGAGAGUAUAAAUGGACUCCUACGAGGACGUUCAACUCGCCUGACGCUGCUCGUCAGAGUGGUGUAUCCUGGGAUUAUGUGGUUGUAACCACGAAAGCACUGCCCAAUGUGUCAGACGACUCAAAACUGCUCGAAGGCCUGAUCACGCCCAAAACGGCUGUCGUUCUGAUCCAGAAUGGCUUGGGUGUUGAAGAACCAUAUGCCCAACGGUUCUCAAAAUCGUCGAUAUUAAGUGCUGUGACGAUUGCGUCCGCGGCUCAGCCAACCAACGGUCAUAUCGAACACAACCGCUGGACGAGGAUCAACAUCGGGCCAUAUUACUCUGAGCCAACCUCGACCGCCGCCAGGUCGCAAGCAACAGAACAAAAUCGAGUGCUCGUCGACCUCUUACAGCGAGGAGGCAUCAAAGACGCCAAAGCCGACACACACGAGAAACUCCAAUGGGUGCGGUGGCACAAAAUCGCCAUCAACGCCGCCAUGAACCCGUCAUCUGUGCUAUCAGGCGGCACGGCGAGCCAGGCGAUGUCUCUGGACUCCGAACUUUAUAGACACCUGAAGGGCGUCAUGGAUGAGGUUCUGGAGACAGCCCCGAAAGUGAUCGGGACACCGCUGCCGUCCGAAUUCGCCACCUCCGAGGCUCUCUUACGCUCGACACAGAAGAACAACAGCGGGAGUAAACCCAGCAUGGCUUCUGAUUGGGAAGGCGGGAAGCCGAUGGAGCUGGAAGUCAUCCUGGGCAACCCGAUCCGACUGGCGAGGGCCAAGGGCAUCGAGAUGCCCCGGUUGCAGACUUUGUAUGCGCUGUUGAAGAAGAAAGAGGCCAAUCGGAGUGAAAAGGCCCAGAAGAAGAAGAAGGAGAGCUCGAGUAAACUCUAG